AUGCAGUUGAUGAGUAAUGGGAUAUUCAAGAGUGUAAUACACAGGGUGAUUCCAAAUUCAAAGAAGGAAAGGUUUACAAUGGCAGCAUUUUAUUUUCCAAACCCAGAUGGUGAAGUGGGACCUACCAUCUCUAAUCGGGUCGGCCCAAUAUAUAAUUUUUUAAUCUCACAUCGGGAAGCUGACAAACGUGGCAAGAUAUAUGAUCGUGAAAAUUCUUCAUUUCUUUUCAAUUUAAACGACCAGUUUGUUCUUGAUGCUUAUCGGAAAGGCGACAAGUUGAAAUUUGCCAACCACUCCCCUGAUCCAAAUUGCUAUGCAAAGGUUAUUAUGGUUGCUGGUGAUCACCGAGUGGGCAUAUUUGCGAAGGAACGAAUAAAUGGUGGGGAAGAAUUGUUCUACGACUACCGUUAUGAGCCUGAUCGAGCUCCAGCAUGGGCUCGGAAACCUGAGGAUGCUGUAUCCAAAAAAGAUGCCGCAGGACCUUCCAGCGGCCGUGCAAAGAAACUAGCUUAAUUCCAUCAGUUAUGAUUUGAUUCAAAGAAUUCAUUUUGUCAUUCUUUACAGGUCGAGCAUAUAAUUUAUAUCGCCAGAUAAAAUCCUAACUACUGACGACCCUGUGAAGGGGAAAAUUUUGAAUUCAUUUCAAAUUCUAACUCAAUUGUAUUUAUGCACAUUGCGAAAAGGAUGCUGAGUUCGCC